GCUUCUUCUGGAAACAAAACUUAACUCCCUCACCAAAGCUGUGUAGCAGGACUGUUUUGCUCACCGGAGGCAGUGAGCAGUAACAGCGAACUGUUGGCUUCCAGGUUGGAAGGCCUUGUUUUCCUGCCUGAAGUACAAAGUUCUGCAGGAGGUCAGAGGUUUGAAAUCCAGCAGCAGAGCUGGUUAAGCUGUUAACUCAGGUCGGGUCAGUUGCAUCUCUUUAUUUCUGGUUACAGUACUGUACUCAAAACAACAGAGCUACCCUUUCUUACAUGAAAAGCAUUACUGAGACACUUGUUUCUGUGUGUCUUGUACAUCACCAGACAAGAGUUUAUGCUAAAUCAUAGGAGUAACUUAGGCUGGAAAGGGCCUUAAGAGGCCACCUGGCCCAGCCCUCUGCUUAAAGCAUCAAGGUUGCACCAAGUUGCCUGGGGCCACCUUCAGUCCAGACCUGAAUUAGGAGCUCCUUCGUGUGAGUACUCAGCUUCCCAAAAGGCAGAUCAAACGGCUACUUACAAGUAACCUCCGUGCACAGCUGAAAGCCUGAAGAGGAAUUUGGCAGGAUGAAGCCUGUCAUUGUGGUGCAUGGUGGAGCUGGCCGGAUCUUUAAAGAGCGAGAAGAAGGAAGCCGUGCUGGUGUUGUCAGAGCUGCGCUGCAAGGUUAUGGUGUCCUCAAACAGGGAGGCAGUGCUUUGGAUGCAGUUGAGGAGGCAGUACAAUCAAUGGAAGAUGACCCUCAUUUUAAUGCAGGCUGUGGAUCUGUUCUAAAUGAAAAAGGUGAAGUAGAAAUGGAUGCCAUUAUCAUGGAUGGAAGAAAUUUAGACUCUGGAGCAGUAUCUGCAGUUAAAUGUAUAGCAAAUCCAAUAAAACUUGCUCGACUUGUCAUGGAAAAGACGAAGCACAUGCUGCUGACUGACUCUGGUGCACACCUGUUUGCUCAGGCCAUGGGUAUUCCUGAGAUUCCAGGGGAGAAACUCAUAACUCAGAGAUCCCAGGAGAGAUGGAAGAAGAACCUCGAGCCAGAUUCCAACCCUGAAGAGUUUCAGAAAGACCUUGGAACAGUCGGUGCUGUUGCUAUAGACGGUGAAGGAAAUGUAGCUUGUGCAACAUCCACUGGAGGACUCUCUAAUAAAAUGAUUGGCCGUGUUGGUGACACAGCAUGCAUAGGAAGUGGAGGUUAUGCUGAUAACCAUUCUGGUGCUGCUUCAACCACAGGACAUGGAGAGAGCAUUAUGAAAGUGGUCUUAGCCCGACUGAUCCUCCAGCACAUGGAGCAAGGAAUGUCACCAGAGAUGGCUGCUGACACUGCGUUAGACUACAUGAGGACACGAGUUGGAGGCUUGGGCGGUGUCAUUGUUGUUAGCAAUUCAGGAGAGUGGGCAGCAAGGUUCUCUACCAAGCAGAUGUCCUGGGCUGCUGUAAAAGAUGACCAGUUGCAUUACGGGAUUUAUGCUGGGGAGAUGCAUACAAAAUCUGUUGAUGAAGCACUUAUAUCUGAACGUGAGGGAUUUUGAGAAUGAAGAAACAUCAGCUGAGGAAGAAUGAAGAUCUCAAAUUUUUGCUGGAGGACGAUGACAGUUGAUUUCAUCUUUCUGAAAGAUCUCUUUUGAUUGGUUCACAGGCAUCGUCACAUUUACAGUCAAAACAAAAUCUGGACAUAGUUCUGCAGUGAUCAUAGAUGUAUGUAUAAUGUUUAAUAAUACCUUUGGGAAGUCAGGAGAUUCUCCUUUUCUAGAUAACAAAGAGAAUGGUCACUAGGUUUCUUGGUUAACAUGCCUUAAUCCUACAUUAAAGGGAGCCUGAGCUUCAGUGUUAGAGGAAUACCUUUCCAUGUCUGUUCUCAGAUAUUGCUGCCAGGAUGAUCUGAGAAAUGAAUGCUUAAUAGUUAAAAACUGAAUUUGGAAAAUUGCAUUGCUCUCCAGAGUCUUUGAGCAGUCAUCCCAUGAUAACAACGUGUUCUCACUGAAAUACCACCAAACAGCAGUGAAAAAUUAAGACUAAGUCAUUGUCACAGGCUUGAGGAAACUGUUGGCAGAAGUAAUAAUGAAGUAAAAAACCUUUCUUCUGAGUUGGGAAAUGCGAUGCUUUCUAAGGAGUCCUGUUUUAUUCCACUCACUAGCAUCAGAUCUACAAUUAAAAACUAGUAUUUCAAAUUGUAUUUGGAUAGUUGAGAGGAAGGAUGCCCCAUCCCUGGAAGUGUUCAAGGACAUGUUGGACGGGACUUUGAGCAACCUGGUCUAGUGGGAGGUGUCCCUUCCCAUGCCAGGGGGUUGGAACUAGAUGGUCUUUAAGGUCCCUUCCAACACAAACCAUUCUAUGAUAGGAUAUUAUUGUCUUAAUAUCUGGGGUAGUAAAAGAGAAGCACCAUUUCAAUAAAAAUAAAUAAACCAGCAAACUUUACUACUCAAAUGAAAAAGUGAUAGGCAUCAUUUAACUCUACACGAGACAGAGAGAUGAUGAUUAACUGGAAAAAUAAUUAUCUAAAAUGAAGUUUAAAAAGCAAGCUGUACUAAAUCAAAUUAAACUGCCCCUUAACAAGCUUGUGUGAAGUCUUAAACUUUUCCUGGAGUUAUUCUUUUUUAGAAAAUAAUUUAUGUUCUGCAUUGCCACUAAUACAGUAUUUUCAUUAAGAUUUUGUAUUUUUAAAAACAAAAGAACAAAAUUUCUUCUUUCUGUUGUCUGACUUAACUACAUAUUUUUUGUGUGUUAGUACUGUGUAAUAAUUUUAUGGAAUUUAGCUGGUACUAGAUUUCCUCUGCAGACAGAUUGGUAUGUUAUAAUUGCACCCCAUCAUACAAUGGAAUGUUCCCUUUACAAGAUCACCCAAAUAAACAUAGCAAACAUCUUGAA